AUGGAUGAUAAUAAGGGAGUACACAAGAUAUCAAUAAACGGACAAGACAGUGGGUCUUUAGCUGAAAAGGGAGAGAAACCAGGCCAGUUUAAUACACCUGAAGGUAUAAUUGCCUCUCAUGAUACACAUCACAUCUAUGUUGCUGAUCGUGGCAAUCACAGAAUUCAAGUCCUCAAUCCAGACUUGACCUCAUUUCUUGUGUUUGGCAGCAAAGGAUCUGGUGAGGGCCAGUUUGACGAACCUUGGGGCCUAGCUAUUGACAGUGACGAGUUUCUUUAUGUCGUUGACUCUAAAAAUCACCGCAUUCAAAAGUUUACGUCCAAAGGAGAAUUUGUAAUGGAGUUUGGCAAAACUGGAGAAGGGACUUUAUCAUCUCCUGCUGGCAUAACUAUCAGCCACAAGAAUCAGUUAUAUGUCACAGAGAAGGGAACUCAUUCUGUUGCUGUGUUUGAUACUGAGGGUCACUUUAUCAAUCGAUUCGGUCGUCAUGUCAGCAAUCCAGAUUAUUGUCUUAAAUGUCCCGAGGGGAUCGACUUUGACUGCAAUGGACUCUUAUACAUUUGUGACUAUUUUAAUAAAAGAAUAGUAGUAUACUAG